UCUGCAUAAAUUUUUUUUGAUUCCAGACCGGCAGUCCGCUCCGAAGAAAGAAAAUAGUAUAUGCGAAGAGGAACAGGAUAAGAGAAGUGAAGCAGCUACCAACUCAAGCAUGAACGCUGGUCCAGAUGAAAGUGUACCCUCAAACAUGUGCCAUCAGUGUCAAACGAACAGGGGACGAAUUGUUCGCUGUGAGAACUGCACUAAAAAGCGUUUCUUUGACCCUUACGUGAAAGAUGAAGAACCUAAAAUUAAAGAUGAGAAGUUUUCUGAGUGUUGCCCUCUUUGCUGUGAUGCUUGCAACUGUAUAUCUUGUCCACGCAAGGUACAGCUUAAAGCUGUUCGCUGUGACAUUUGCGGCUUGAUGACUUGCCCCAACAGAGUGCAUCCUAAAGUCAAAAAGAAGAUUGAUUUCAGACCUAAUGAUGAUCAGAAAGUUGGAUAUUCUAUUUAUAUCCUACAUGUGCUUGUUCCAAUCUUGAAGCGUCUCAAGGAAGAGCACAUAAAGGAAAAAGCAAUAGAGUCUGAAAUUCGAGGAUGUUCAUUAGUUGAGGUACAGUUGAAGAAGGUCGAUUGCAAAUGGUAUAGACACACACACUGCAUCUGCUGUAAAACGUCUAUUUUUGACUUGCAUAGAAGCUGCCCUUCUUGCCAAUACGAUCUUUGCAUUCAAUGCUGCUGGGAAUUGCGAGAUGGCAGCCUUCAAGGAAACAAGGAAGAAGUUAUCAUUGAGUUUGAAGAUCCUGCACCAAAGGAAAAGCAAACUCAUGAGUGGAAGUCUCUGGAUGAUGGCAGAAUUCCUUGUCCUCCAAAAAGUAUGGGUGGUUGUGGUUGUGGUAUUUUAGAGUUGGUUCACAUAAAGCCACUUGACAGCGUUUCAAACUUGUUAGAUAAAGCACAAAAGCUUUUGAAGACACACAAACUUGAGGAAGAUAUGAGGGAUAUGCCUGAGAAAUGGUGCACAUGCUCUUCAGAUGGUGGUGGUCAGCAGUUACGAAAAGCUGCAUCUCGUGAAAAUUCAAAUGACAAUUACUUGUAUUGUCCACGUGCAAUAGACAUUAAAACUGGAGUUUUGAAGCAUUUUCAAUGGCAUUGGUCAAAAGGGGAGCCAGUAAUAGUCAGCAAUGCUCUUGAAACUACACUUGGGUUGAAUGCGGAACCCAUGGUUAUGAGCCGUGCUUUUCAUCAGGUUUUUUCAUAUAAGAGGAUGUUCGAAAGCUCUACUAAAUUUAUUGAGUAUAGAGAAAAGUACAAAACAAAGAGCAAGACUCCCAAACACGACAUAUACAUGAAAAUGGCUUCCUGUCGUUGUUUAGAUUGGUGUGAGAUUGAUAUUACUCUUGAAGAGUUUUUUGCUUGGUAUAUGGAUUAUACUUUUGAUGACAAAGGGUGGCCUAUUUAUGAAUGGACGGAAGCCUGGCCUCUGGUAAAUUUACUUGAAGAUCGCUUACGAGUUCUUGGUGUUGAGUUUAUCAGUUCCUUGCCCUUUAAAGAGUAUACACAUCCUCGUGAGGGCUACCUUAAUCUUGGAGUGAAGUUGCCUAAAGAAUCUUUGAAGCCAGACAUGGCUCCUAAAAUCUAUAUAGCUUAUGCUAUUAAUGCUCAAGAAUUGGAACGUAGAGACUCUGUAACUAAACUUCAUUGCGAGAAGGCUGAUGUGGUGAAUGUGUUGGUUGAUAUUCCAACUUUGACCUCCAACCGUAAAAGGAUAAAUGAAUUGAAAAAGAAGCAGAAGGCUCAGGAUCAGAAGGAACUUGAUAUGGAUAACACCAAAGAUUCUACUUCUGAGAAAGUUGUCUUGAAGAAACAAAAAGAGACACCAGGUAUUUAUGUAGAUGGAUCUGAUCUGGGAGAGGAAGGUGCUGUGUGGGACAUAUUUAGGAGGGAAGAUACUCCUAAACUCCAGGAAUAUCUCAAAAAACAUUUCAGAGAGUUUAAAGAUGACUUUGGUCGUCCACUGCAGGAGGUUAUACACCCAAUUCAUGAUCAAACAUUUUACUUAACCAUGGAACAUAAACGGAAGCUCAAGGAAGAGUUUGGGAUUGAAGCAUGGAGUUUUGUCCAAAAGCUUGGAGAUGCUGUCUUUAUACCUGCUGGAUGUGCCCAUCAAGUUAGAAAUCUAAAGUUUCUGCAGUCAUGUAUAAAAGUUGCAGUGAACUUUGUUUCUCCUGAAAACAUUGGUGAAUGCAUUCGGUUGACAGAAGAUUUCCGCCUUCUUCCCAAAAAUAAUUGGGCAAAAGAAGAUACGUUGGAGGUAAAGAAAAUUGCACUUCAUGCGUUGGAGGCAGCUGUGGAGGACUUGGAAAAUUUGGUUCCCAAGUUUGAAGAAAGUGGAGGCAUUAGAAAAAGUUCAAGGACUAGUGAAGAAGGUGACUAUUCUGCUUACUCCAACCAAAAAACACCAAAAUGAACCAAUGUAUUAGGUAGAUUAGCGUUGACACAACUUACAUAUUUUUGUAUUAAGGAUUUGUUAAUUACAUGGGAAGAUAUUGGACUAGAGCAUUAAA